UGGAGAUGGCGGGGCCUAUAAAUAUAACAUCUUUAGGUCAGUGUUUUUGGACAUUACACCCAAUUAUUAUUAGCCAUUGGAGGAGAGCAGCAGAGAGUUUAGUAGAGAGAUCAGGAAGCCAUGGAAGCAGCUGGUGCAGAGUUCAAGCACUUGGUCAUCAUCAAGUUCAAAGAAGGAGUUGUGGUGGAUGAUAUCAUCAAAGGGAUGGAGAAGCUUGUCUCUCAGAUCCCUCUCAUCAAGUCCUUGGAAUGGGGGCAGGAUUUGGAAGGGCAUGAGAUGCUGACACAAGGAUUCACACAUGCAUUCACAUUGACAUUCAACAGCAAGGAGGAUUAUGGAGCUUAUGAAUCCCACCCCAAUCACCUGGAGUAUGCUGCUGUUUUCUCACCAAGUAUUGAGAAAUGUGUGGUUCUCAACUUCCCUACUACUCCACUCAAGCAGACACCAGCAGCAGCAGCAACCUGAUGUGUGGUGUCUCCCUCCACUAUGGAAUGAAAUUACUACAACCAGAGAUAUCAAUGAAGGGAGGAGUUAUGAUCUCUAUGUAAUAUCAUUUGCCAAAUGGGUUAAUCAUUACUGUUGAGUUUGCUUGUAUGAAAGAAGAUUUGGGCUGUGGGAAUAUGUGAAUUUCUUAUGUUUCUGUGCUGUCUUGGUUGCUGUUCUGUUCUAGCUAAUCUGCAGAUCUUUCUCUCUGCCUUGGAAGAAGUUCUGCUUCAAUUUCAAGUUUGCUUUUUGCUUUUGCCCUCUUUAGGCCAUGUGUGGUGUUUGACAAUGGUGGGAAGCUUGAUUAGUAAAAAAAAGAGAGAAACAAUGUGGGCACUCAUUAGAUAAAAAAGUGGGAACAAACAGGUAGAUUUGUAGGUUUAAAGUUG